AUGGAUCAGAUAUUAAUUGAUGAAAUCGGUUUUCAAUUUGAUAUUAUUUGUCUGACUGAAGCAUGGCCUCCCUCUUCUAAUCUUACCAUCUUCUUGGAACAACUAGAGAUAAUGAACACAAAUUUAUAUAUCUGUCUGGUGAUAUUAAUACUGAUUUGUCAACUGAUUCAGCUCACCGUCCAGUACCUCAUAAAAUAUUCAACGUUGAUGAAACAGGAGUUACCACUGUCCAAAGGCUUGAUCGAGUUGUUGCAAGUAGGAUCAGUCACAUCUGGAGAAAGGGGAACUUUGGUGACAGUAGCAAUUGCGAUCAAUGCUGUUGGAAAUAGCAGUCCUCCAAUAUUUGUGUUUCCACGCCCAUUGGACCGCACAGUUUAUGGACCAUUGAAAAGAUUUAUCAAUGCCGCCUGUGAUGGUUGGAUGAGAUCAAAUUUGGGCAAGACAAUGUCCAUAUAUGACAUACCCGGAAUUGCAGCAAAUGCUUUUCCAUUUGCUUUAACCCAAAAAAUAUUCAUGAUCAUGAAUUCUUGUCAUCAGCAGUUACUGAUUGACUUGAACCUUGAGCCCUGCUCUAAUCAGACUGGCACUAAACCUGUUUUAUUGUCUUUCGAUAGCACAAGUCCAGGAGAUGAAAGUGUAGUACCGCAUACAGAUUAUCAUGUCCUUCCAGAUUCAAGCAAACUCCAAAAAGGCUCUAUCCAAACCAGUUACAAACCACACUACACCCGAAGAAAUACAGCCAUUCCCAUCUGCUGA